GAAAAUACUGGACUGUGCUGUAGAAAGUGCAUUUCCGUCAUGGCCGCUAGAGGGCGCUACAACCCUGAGAAGCAACACCGGAAGCUGCAAACAGCCAUCAACUGCAGUGCAUAAAGGAUGAUGACCACCGUCAGCAAACGAGAGAAGGAGCAGCGGAGGAAGCUGCAGCACUUUUUAGCUGACCUGGCCUUACUGGGUUCCUUACAGGGAUUCAAGUACUUCCAGUCUUGGUUGAGAGGGAAAGAGGAGCUUCUGCUGACUGUUGUCAAUGAAGAUCUGGGCUGGCGCUCGCCGGGCUUCGCAGUGUCCAGAGCCUCCUCCAGCAACGUCUCCAGCAGCAGCAACUGCUCUUCACCCAGCAGCAGCUCCCCCAGCCUUGCCAGCCAGGCCGGGUCCCCCCCAGCCUCUCCGACACGUACGCACACGACCAGGGAGCCCAGCAGCGAGGAGCAUCUACUGCCAGCCUCCCCCAGCGAGCGAGAGAUGGCAGUGCCUGAGGUGAACUGCACCCUGUUUCUACUGGCGGGCUACGUGAAGUACGGUCGUCCCCACGCUUGGAUGCGCUCCAACCACGAGCGCCUAGUCAGCAUCCGAGGCACGGACUCCAUGGUCAGGGACACGCCCCUGAAGCUCAAAUCCAUCACAGACUGGCAGGCUGGAGGUAUUCGUGUGUGGGACGUGGUCAGCGAGCUUGUGAGUCUCUGCACGGUGCCCUUCCCCUCCAACCCCUUUGCCCUUGACAUGCGCUACAUCCAAAGCCUUCCCGUGUCGGAGCGCUUCCUGGCCACGGGAGCGCUCCUCAACUUCCUGGAGACGUACGCCGUCUGCGGCAACCGUGACGAGUUGCACUACGAAAAAGUGCUGGAGGAGGUGAAGCCUCUGCGGCGUCUCCACGUCCAAACCCUACUGGAGCUGCAGCGGCUUAAAAAAAUGUCCGCCGAGCAGGACGUGGACAUCGCAGCAUGUGUGUCAUGAAGUCUUUUUAAGAGCACACAUGGAAAGCAUAUUGCAACUGUUUUUUUUUUUUUUAGUUGCUUCCAUACUUG